AUGCUCAUCAAAACCAUCACCGGCUUUUUUCUCCUUGGCUAUGCCAACGCUUCCAUCCAAGUAUCUCUGAUCAAUCCUAGCGGAGUCAAGAUUCCAUACAACGUGGACCCUAAUGGAAGUUGCUUUACCCUGAACGGUGGUACUCUCGCCCAAUUUAACGAUAAUCUCCAGCAAAUGGUGAUUCCGAGUGGCUACGAAUGCACAAUCUGGGAGUAA